GGGACAGUCUAAUAAAAUAGUUGAAGCAAUUUGUUGUUUUGUUUUCCAUUGAAUUUUCCCGAGGAAAAUUCCAUAAAAUCCUUGAAAUAGAUGACAAAGUAGUACGCUGGGCCAAGAGACGGGACAAAGGGACACAAUGGAGGAGUGUGAUAGAACGGAGACAUCCCUGCCUCCGGAUGGUGAUUCAGAAACAAAUAUUCCUAACCUCACGGAUGUGAUUGUUCAGCUGAAAAGUGAAGGAAAUCGUUGCUUCCGCGAAGGGAAUUACGAGGAUUCCCUCAUCCUGUACAGUGCUGGCGUGAAGAUUUGCCCUGUUGACUCUGUGGAACAGCGGGCAGUUUUCUUUGCCAACAGAGCAGCCACAAAUGUGAAGCUGGAGGAAUUCUCGCGCGUCAUUGAGGACUGCACGGUGGCUCUCUUGCUGAAGCCAGACUACCUAAAAGUGCUCCAGAGGCGAGCAGUGUGCCUGGAGAAGUUGGAGAAACUCGAGGAGAGUCUCGAGGAUUACCAGCGUAUCCUCACCCUUGAUCCCGGCAAUACAGACGCCCGUUUCGCGUCGGCACGUCUCACGGAAAUGGUGCAGGAACGCAACGAAAAGCUAAAAGAGGAGAUGCUGGGAAAGCUCAAGGAUGUGGGGAAUCUCAUCCUGAAGCCCUUUGGACUCUCCACGAAUAACUUCCGCAUGGUGAAGGAUGAGAAGAGUGGCUCCUAUUCCAUUAAUUUUGUCAACAACAACCAAUCAUAACGCCCCCACACGGGGAAAAAUGCAAUGUGUGAAUGUUUUAUUCAAUUAAAUGUUUUUUUUCUCUCUAUUAAAUUAUUUACAUAAUGCAAUAUAAUAA